AGAAGAAGUCGUGCGGACUGACUGGCUGUAGGAGCAGCGAGACAGGGUGAGGGAGACGGUCAGUGACAACUGCAGCAAGACAGAUGGAACAAGGCAGACCAAACUCUGCUAAGUCUGUGAAACUCUGUCCUAUGAGUGUUUCAUGAUGCGGCGCGGCGAGCUCGGUCCCAGGGCUUUCCAGGCCCCAGUGGAUGUCCAUGCCAGCGUGGACGGCCAGGUGUACAUGUUCAGGAGGAGAUCCGAUGAAUAUGUUGACUUCUCAGAGGAUGAGGAGUUGAACGUCAUGGAGCUGAGACCGCGGGACAGAGCAGGCAAUGUCCAGCUGCUGGAGCGGGAAGUGUUGGAUGGUGACAAUCUCAACAAGCUUGCACUGCAGUACGGCUGCAAGGUGGCAGAUAUAAAGCGAGUGAACAACCUUAUACAGGAACAAGAUUUGUUUGCAUUGAAAUCCAUCAAAAUACCUGUGCAAAAGCACAGCUGUUUAUUGGAAUCUUACACAGACCUCAGUGAUCAACAACAAGAAACACCCAGCUCUUCGACCGCAUCAGUAAAGCCUCAGGACCGAGCCAGAAACCAAACACAUCUACAGGAGGUCACAGACUUUCUCAAGGAGGUGGACCAUGAUAUUGAGAAACUAAUUCAAACCACAGAUGAUCACAAUGAGGUUUUCAUGUGUAACUCCGAGAGACCCCGAAGGUCUGGGUCCAGAGGGCAGCGCCUGACCAGCCACGGUGCCGACUGGGGCAUCCAGUGGUGGAACGCCAUAGUUGCCAUGCUCCUCAUUGGCAUCAUUCUGCCAAUAUUUUAUGUGGUUUAUUUCAAAACAAAAGAUAGUGGAGUCAUUUCCCCAGCAGAUAAUGGUGGUGACUUAGGUUCAUCCAUCAGCUCCUCAAACAGCUCAGGGAGCGCUCCCAUCAGUACAGGAGGAGCUGAGCCGGGGUAAUGCAGCCUUAAGUCUGAGCUAGUCAGAUUUAUUUUCAAGAAGAGUGGAAUUGAUGCUUUGCCUCUCGGAAGCUGAUGAAAGAUCCAGCUUGGUAGUGUGGCCCAGUUUCUCAAUAAGAAAAAAAAAUGAGUUUAUAAACCUUUUGAUAUUGUAGUUUAUUUUUUUAAUUGGAAAAAAAGACGUCUAUGCAGAAGGGAUAUGCAAACCAUUAUUUUCGAUUUGACACACCAAACAAAGCGAGGGUGAUUGCAUUGAUUUAUCCUAUAGCCUGUACUAUCAAAACAGAUCUUUUAUCAAAAAUUAUAGUUGAUUUACCAGCACAGUAUUUUUGCCUUAAGCCUCAACCAGGAUUAAACAAUGGUUAUAAAGGCAGGUGUGAAUGAGUGUUGUCACAGCAUAGAAGUGUGCAGGGAUUAGUUAUGUGCCUUUUAUUGAUGCUUAACUUAUUUUUUGUGUCUGUUAUUUCCAUGCAACUCAUCAUCAUGCUUGUUUUCUGGGUUUUUAACACAGUGCCAAGAAUAUGAAGUGUUGUCUUUGUACUAAGAAUUUGGUGCAAUAUACUGUAUCUCAUGCACUAUGGAUUGUAAUGUUUUUGACAGAGCAAUCAAUCUUUUGACUAGAGUACGAAUUCUCUGAAAUAAGCACAAGGUUCAAUAAUGUGCUUAAACAUUUUGUUUCCCAAUUAUGUUGAAUUUUAUGCAAUAUUGCACACUUUGUCUUGUGUUUCUGACGGGUAGAUAAAUCUACCGUUACCAGAUGGUCAAUCGGUUUUUCAAACUUUGUACAGUUAAUGAACCUGGAAAAAUAAAUAUAUUUUGUUAUGAGUGAAAUAUUUCUACUUUUUUUUUCAGUGAAUUUAUAAACAUUUUUAGGGACAAUCUAAACUUGGAAGAGGGGCUUUGGCCCAGGUGGCUUGUGGCUUUUGUUUCCUGAAUAAUAAGCAUGUGCCCCUUUAAAUACAAACAUCAAACAUGAACACAGAGUGAGUGUCUCGAUUAUUCUCUAGGAAAUAAUGUCCUUUUUGUGUUUGUAUGUGUGUUUUAUUUUAGUUUAAAAGUUUUAUCUUUAUUUAUUUUAUUGUUGUCAUAUUUGAAACAUCAGUUCAAAACACUGGUUUGUAUCAAGUGAUAUACAUUAAUAAUGCUUCUCUGUUUCUGAUUAGCUGCAGCACCACUUACUAUCAAUAGAUGGCAGCCUGUGAAAGCGUUACUACUGUGAUUUUUUUUUUUUUUUUCUUUGGUCAGGAUAGUUGUCCUAGUUCUUGCCAACUAAACCCAAGAUAGGGUUGGUACUUGAUGGCAGAGGUUUCAGUUUUAUACAUUGCAGCUGAAAUUAUUAAAGCUUGUCUAAGGCCUUGACUGAAACCACAACUUAAUUUUCAGUUUGAAAAUGAUUUCUUCAAAGUGCACCUCAUGGAAUGUUCAGUCUUUUUAAUGAAGUUUAAUUGUUUUCAAUCAUUAUCCCGCAGCUAGAAACAAUGUGCGGUCCUCAAGAUAAUUUUCUGGUUUGGAACUAACAGCACCUACUGCUGUAUGGACACCAACAUGACGUUUGACAUUUUGGGUCAACAUUUACUCCUUUGGAUGUAGACCUGCACAGCAACACCUCAAAGGAUAAUGAGUAUUGGAGAUCUAGUGAACUUUACACAGCCUUAUUUAAGCCAACUGUAUGGAGUUACUAAGGGAGAACUUAAACACCAUCAUGGUUCUGUUUUGAUGCCCUUCUGUCCAGUUUAUCUUCUUGUUUGCGCUGAGCAUCGAGUCCUACUCAGUUUUCAAAACAGAGCUGAAGAAAACCUCUAGUUUUGGGCUCACUUUAGAUCUGACAUGA